AUGACCAACACGGCCGACAUCAACCCAGCUAAGCGCCGCGCGAUCGCUUGUCUCCAUUGUAGGGAGAAGAAGGUCAAGUGUGACGGGUCUCGUCCUUGUGGCUAUUGCGCGUAUGGAACUGGCGAUCGAGGACUGACACCACGCGAAGGUCGGUUGCUGGCAUCGUCUGGCGACUCCAUCAGAGUGUAUGCAGGACCGACACCUGCCGCUUCGAAUAGAUCCCCACAACAGCAGUCAUCGGCGGCUCGUGAAGAAAUCCGGAUGGACAGCUUCAACGAGAGUUCGAGUGAAGGUCUCUUCAUACCGAUCUCCGAGAUGGAUCGUCGCGGUAGCAUCGAGUCCUAUCAGACUACACAGCACGGCGCGAUGCCGGCUGAGAAUCAUUCACAUUCUGUCUCCCCUGUAUCAAACAUGCUGCCAGACAGCAAUUCGCCUAUGGCUAUGCCCACCAUCAUGUCACCGCCUGUAACAGCGUCUGGCACUGUACCGUUCACCGACUUCGGCUCGCUAUGGGAUAUUGACCACGUCGAGACACGAACAUCAAUAUCGAGCAAUUCGACUGGGGCAGAGAGCCGCCACAGUGUUGACACAAGCGUCAUUGAGCCCAAUAUGGCCAAUGAAUAUCACGGGGCCACCUCAAUUCUGGCUAUCUGCUCUUCAGCAGCAAUCGAUUGGGUUACUCAGCAGACGCAGAACAAACAAUAUCCUCGCAUAAGCUCCACCAUGAUGUCAAUGAUUGGGGAAGAACUGAAGCUACAAAACUGGUUCUCCAACCAGCGGGCGCCCGAGCCAGACUUCCAGACGGCAUGGAGAUACUAUGAAGCGUAUUUCCAACAAGCUGAUGCCAGCUUUCCUGUUCUACACCGCCCUUCCUUUGAGGCUCGUCUGCGUCAAACAUUCACACAGCAGAGCCAUGCCCAGGACGACCCGGCGUGGUACGCAUUACGAAACACGGUCUAUGCGGCAGGGAAGCGGCAACUACUCAGCAAUGAUUCGGAGCACCAUAGCUUCUCGUACGUACAGGACCAGUGCUGGCCUUAUUUCGAGAACGCCAUGUCUGUGCAUACCGAGUUGCUCUUCACUAGAGUCAGUAUUAUGGGUGUACAGGCCCUGAUUGCGAUGGUAAGAAGUCUCCGUGCUUUCGAAUUUUGGGGAAUGGUUAUUGAUCAUCCCAUUUUGUUCUCCCAACAGGCAAUGUUUGUCGAGGGUCUUGGGAGCCCUUGCCUAGAGUACAUGCUCUGCACGAGCGCGUCGCGACUUGCACAAUCUCAGGGUUUGCAUAGGCACCCGCCGAAGGACUGCAAGUUCACCGACGCACAAAUCUCGCAGAGGAGUUUACUAUUUUGGUCGAUAUACUGCUACGACAAGCACAUAUCUCUCCGGGCUGGAAGACCAUCGGCCAUUGAUGAUCGAGAUAUAACGUGUUCAAUCCCGCGAUUUCCUGCAUCCAAGGGACUUGAGGGAAUCUUCAUCUCCAAGGUCGUGGAACAUGCGCGCCUGUCAUCUGAUAUCACGGCUUGGAUGUCUGUGUUCCGCAGCAAAAACAUUCCCCUCGAGGAAUCCAUACGCCAGCUCCAAAAGCUUGACUCGCGCAUGUCUCGCUGGGCCGAGUCACUUCCAGUCCCCCUCCGGCCCGGCUCGGACUUGAAAAGGUUCACAGCCGUCAAAGCAGGCCUGCAUCCCAACCAGAUUAUUUACGUUCACUACGCUUACCACGGUGCUACCAUCGUACUGAACUCUAUGUUCUCCUGGCCGUGGCUGGCUCCCAUAAUGUCGGUUGGGAACGAGGCGCUUUAUGAGAAGCAGGCCCUGAAAAGCACGCCCCUCGUCGUCAAGGCAGCGCGAGCAAUCAUCAACCUCACACACUACAUUGAGAUUGACUGCUCAACGCCCGUGUGGCUAUUCUUCUACUAUCCAUUCAUGGCCUUUGUCAAUCUGUUCGUUUACAUCAUCCGUUUUCCGAAGCUUUCCACGAUCCAGAUGGACCUGUCUCUCCUCGACGUCAUCUCCGGAUACUUUGGCCGUCUGGAGCUCGCAACUGGUGCAAAAAAGUCUUUCCCCUUCGUCCGCGACUUGGCACAAUGUGCCCACGCAGUGGUAGCGCGGAGCCAGCCUGGGCUGUUGACCGCCGACCAUGACCAUGAAGGCCCAACAAUCCAAUCUGCUUCAGACACUGCCUAUGAAAGCGCAAGGUUGUUUACCGAGACAGAUGGAAUUUCUGCGGAUGGUCAGGUAGAUCUCGACAUGGUCCUGGAUGGUGCUUCAUCCGUAUUUCCUGAUUCUUUGGCGCAUGUCACCUCGCAUAUCGUCGACCUCGAUUUCAGUACUCAUGACCCACUGCUUGGAUUCAUGGACACUGAUUUGAGCUGGGGCGAAGGCAGUGACAUUACAAUCAAGUGCGAAGAUCGAGAGUGGAGGUUGCACAAAGCCAUACUCAGAGCUGGAUCUCGAUACUUUCGCGCAGCUUUCAAUGAGCGACGAUUCAUUGAAUCCCGUUGCACAGAGAUGGUGCUUGAUGAGGUUAAUCCGGAACAUUUCGACUGGGUAGUGAAGUUUAUUUACAGCCAAGAGGUAUCUCAUGUCAUGGGCCCAGCAGCUUCCUCUGAUCUCCUAGGUUUCUUCCGUCUUUUCGAUGCCGCAGAUUACUUUGGCGUGGAUAUCCUUGCGGGCCUUGCUAAAGGCGAAAUACAAACUCGACUCGAUCGCCGCUGCGAACACGUGAAAAGCGAAUACGCCCAGUACUAUGAAAGUUACGGAGGCGAAUGUUCUGCGUUGUUUCGGAUCUUUUUCAAUGACUGGUUUGGCAAAACCCUCUUCGAAGCUAUCGACUUUGCAUUCCGUCCGGGAUCUCGACCGCAUCCUCUGCGAGGAUGCCUGGUCGACAUCUUCAGCAUUUCCAGGCUGCCACAUAAGGGCUUACCGUCUAGACUGCCUUUGUUGGAUGACAAGACCAGGAGUGAGAUCCUGGAGAGGCCACGCUUCGCCGAGGAACUCAGACAAAACCGCCACUUGCACCCGGCAUGUCGCAAAGCCAUCUUUGGCUGGUGA